GGGCCCUACAGGUGGGAGAGGGGCUUCCUCCUGAGACCUGACACACCUAAGCUGCAGGAGAGACUUCGGGGCUGGCGGAUGAGGAUGGGAUUUCCAGGAAGGGAGGAGUUCAAGCUUAGGAGGCUUGAAUGGCUAUCCAUCAGGCUAUGGCCCCCCCAGUGGUCUAGGAGCAGGCUUUUGAAGGGGGGUGAAACCCCAAAGCCAGGAUAUGGAAAUGGGCUGGGAGCUGGUGACUUCCCAGGGCCUGGAGCCCAGGCAGGCCCCGCGGCUCAGAACGGCCAGGGACCAGGAAUUGGAGGGAGCGUGAAACCUCAAAAGCCUGGACUCAGGAGCAGGAAUGGGCUAGGAGCUGGGGCCUUCCCAGGAGUUGGAGCCCAGCCAGGCUUAGGAGGGGGCAUGAAACCUCAGAAACCAGGACAGGGCAUGGACCGUGGCCUGGGGGCCCAGCCAGGCCUCGGAGGACUGAAAUCUCAGAAGCCAGGCUUCGGAGCUAGUGUGAGACCCCAGAAGCCAAGUGAGCCUUGUCCGGGCAUGUCUCUCCACCUCCCUGCAAACCCUAAUCUCCCCUCCCCCUAUUCACACACCCGUCUCCAUCUGUCCCCCCAGGAUUUGGGAAUAGCUACAGGCUGGGAGCCCAGCCAGGGUCUGCGGUUCCCAUGCUACGGACCAGGCAUUGCUGAGGCCAUGAAGCCUCAGAAGCCAGUUUAUAGAAAUGGGCUGGGAGUUGGAGCCUUCCCAGGUGAAGGGCCCCAGCCAGGCCUGGGAGGGGGCUUGAGCCCUCCGAAGCCAGGAUAUGGCAAUGGCAAUGGGCUGGGGGCCCAGCCAGGUCCCUGCAGUGGUGGGGUCCCUCCGUGGCUUCUUGCCAGGCCUCCCACUCCAGGAAUCCCUUCAGAUAAAGCAGGUGGCUGGGGCCUGAAAUCCCAGCCCCCUCCCCCAGUGCAGAACGGCAAGUUCCCAGUACCUACUCCAGCCAUCCAGUGGGGGCCGAAACCUCAAGAAGCAGGGUACCAGCCUCCGAAUGGCUACAGACCAGGAGCAGAACUGGGCUUUGGUGGUGGCCUCAAGCCCCAGAAAGUCGGUGAGCCCCCGGGUCCCCAUCUUGGGCAUGAGCUAUGUCUCCCUCACAGUUUUGGUUACAGGAAUGGUGGUCUGGGAGCCGGGGUCUUCCCUGAGGCCCGUGCACAGCCAGGGUUCCCUGGGACUGAUGGCUUUUGGAAUGGGUAUGAGAAGGCAGCAGUUGUGCGCCCCAAUGUGGCUGCUCCAGCCCCUGGAGGAAAUGGGCCCUAUGGGCAGCUGAGGCCAGAGCUGGGCCCUGAGCCCUUAGGGGGCCCUGAGGUGAAGCGAGGCAGCAAUGGCCUGAUGGGAAAUGGCUAUGGAGGUGAGAGGGAAUGCAGGGCCCCUGCCCCCACUCCCAUGCCACCAUCGUUGCCCCUCCAGGCUGCACUGGGGGACACCCCCAGCCCUCGGGGGGGACAUAUAGCCAGCUCUCAGGCUACCUGUGUGUGUCUGCUGGGUGACUGGCCUCAGAGCCCAGGGGAGGGAGAGGACUCAUGUCCCCCAGGAGGUAAGGAGGGAGACAGGGCUCACCACGGCCCUGCUCUGCCUCUUCCCAGGCUGCUGCCCUCUUGGGAAAUGCUGAGCUCCAGAGCAGAUUUACUGCCCACUCUGAGCUCCUCUGUAUCAGAGCCUGGUCUGCCUGGCGAGGCUGGCCAGACCCUUGGGCUUGGCCUCUGGCCUGGGGUCUCCUGUGGGCUGGAACUAUCAAUAAAGGCAAUGUGCUUCCCUGUUUGCCUCUGUGGGCUGUGUGCAGGGGAUCACUGGCUGGGUUGGGGGCCAGCUGGGGGCCCCUUAUUCAUUCCUUCAACAAACAUCAACACAGCUGUGUGCCAGGGGCUGUGCUCCAGAUGGGAGAGAUGUGAGAACUCAGGCCUGCCCUUGGGGAAGGGGGCAUCACGUGGUCACAAUCUGGCGAUGGAGCCAUGUCCAAGUUAGGGGACUUGUGUGUCAUUUGUGUUUUAAUUUAUAAUUAACUUAUUAAAAUGAUCCAACUAAAAAUCUCAUUUUCCUUAAGCCAUUAUACUUGCUUCCAGACCUCAUUUUAUUGAUUGACCUUAUAAUUUGGAUGUAAAACUCACUUCACAUUCUUUGAUUAGCACUCAAUUAGAUUAUAAAUUUGACAGAUCAGCUUCUCCCUAAAUAUUUAGCAUGUUUUACAAGCUUGAUUAAUUCAAUUCCCUUAGACACUUCAAACAAUUACACACAUAAUCUACUUGAUCUCUUAACAGGGUGAGGGGGUGGCGUACGUGUGUACAAAUCCAACUAGCAACUUCUUCCUAAGCACUUAAGGGGCUUUUGGAAAUGAGCCCCUCUUGGAAAUGAAUAAAUCAGACAUUUAAUAUCUCAGAUUACUGAACACUUUCAAACAUUUUAAAAAGCCAGUUACUAAUCCAAUGUCAGUAAUCAGUGCUACUGGAUUGCUUCAUUUUCUCAUCCCGUGAUUAUAAGUUUAAUCACCCAGAAAUGUGGAAGCAAAUUACUCUCCUAGGAUGGGUCCAGAAUGGAGGUUGCACAAUUGGGGAUUGAUCUGCUGUUCUGAACUUUGACCAAGGGCUUGGCUAGUCCUGGAACCAGUCUCUUUGAGACUCUGUUCUGAGCUGUGCCUUCCCAAGCCUACACCUUUUGCAAUCUGGUGAAGUUUUGUCUUAACUGAAGAAUUCCAGCUGAAUAGAGUUGAUGGGAUUUGGCACCCUAUGAGGAACUCAGCUUGUCUUUCUGUGGCCUGAUUUAGGAUAACAAGUGUAGACCAAAAUCUGACUGCAGUAUGCACAAGGUUUUGGGUUGAACAACCUUGAGGAGGUUGUGUAAACAUUAUUGGAAUUCCAGACUGAUUUCUCUUAGCCUACCUCAUUUAAUUUGCUCUAUUUGAGAAUCA